GGUAUUUCCAGGCUUGAACAGUCACAAGGGCGUUUCCCUGGUUCCAACAUACUCCCAUUUGCCUCAGUCCAAGAAUCAAACAGCAAGCAUAUUCUGUCAGAUAUAGAGAACGGACCAAAUCCUGAAAUUGAAUUGUUUAUCAGUGCAAAACACGAUUUUACACAAUGUCCAAGUCAAUUGAAGAAAUAAUGGAAACCGUCGACUCCUCCAGAUGUGUGGGGAUUGAAAUUUCCAACAAAAGCAUGUCUUAUGUUUUAACUGAACCUGUGACCUACAAUUACAGUGGCCGAGUAUACAGUCCACCACCCCCCACCAUUGACCGGGGACAGAAAGGAGUGUGCGUCUUCAUCAAGACUCCCUACACAGCUUGUGGCACUGUUGGAGUGCUGAGCUACCGUUUUGGUAACACCCAGAUCUCCCUGCUGGUUUCCAACCCUUACGACUACAACAAAUAUAGCAUUGAGUAUGCUCUGUAUGUCCCUGACAUACCCACUCCGACUGACAACAACUUAUAUAACAAGAUGUACAACGAGCUAACGGAAUCGGCUUCCUUCACAAAGACAUCGCUGGGAAAGGGUAACCCGUCUCUGAACAUCACAAAAAGGGGUAUAUUUGUUUCAGCCACUAUGUCUAACGAGAAGAAAGCAAUUCUCAAAAUAGAUAUCAGAGAUGCUUAAGUUAACUCAUUGUUAAAGCUCUAACAGUUAGUGACGGUUACACAUCUCAGCAUAGUGAAACCACUUUACUAGUGCUACCGAUAAUUUCAUCCAAUCACCCCAGCUUUCAUAUCAUCUUUAAUCUCUCUGUUAUUGUUUCUCAUUUUUUUCUUUAAUGUAAUGUACUAACAUGACUACAGUGGCAAUAGCCAAAAAUUCAUUCCAGUUUCUAUUAACUCAAUGCUUGACAAGUAAAUAUUUUAACUUCUUCUGUUGUGAAGAACAGUUUAAAGUUUAUUGGGCAACUUGACAGCUUAUUAUUACAUUUCCAACAAUAAUAAAAUAUAAUCUACCAACUGUACUGUUUGUUUUUUUUUGCUUAAUGAUUUAUGGAUAAUUCACAGAAAGAACUUUUUGAUACCACACCUAUGAAACCAUUCAGCUCACACAAAAGAGACUGUACUAUGUGGUAGGAAUAAAGGAUUGGCUAAUGAA